AAAUCAAUAUUAUUCAUAUUAUUAUUAUUUAGUGUUGGUAAUGUAUGUUUUUUCUUUGCAUUUAAGUGCUCCAAUCUGAUUUCUGCAAGGACGUGCAUAUAACAAGGACAUCAUCAUCACCAUCAUCACAGUGUACCACCCUGGAACAACAUGGCCAGUGAUCAUCAAAAUCCUGCAUCCAAACAGCAGCAACCAGGAGCGAAUACCUUCAAGCUGGCCAUCUAUGAGCAGGAGAACUUCCAAGGCCGCUGUCAUGAGCUGACUGCGCUCUGCAACCACCUGCAGGAGGCGGGAGUGGAGAAAGUGGGCUCAGUUCUGGUGCACUGUGGACCAUGGGUGGGAUACGAACAGCCCAACUGUAAGGGGGAGCAGUUUGUGUUUGAGAAGGGCGAGUAUCCUCGCUGGGACUCCUGGACCAACAGCAGACGCAGCGACUGCCUGGGCGCCUUCCGCCCCAUCAAAGUGGAUAGUCAGGAGCACAAAAUCGUCCUGUAUGAAAGCCCCAGCUUUGCAGGAAAGAAGAUCGAGAUCAUAGAUGAUGAUGUCCCCAGCUUUCAUGCACACGGGUACCAAGAGAAAGUCAGCUCAGUGCGCGUCCAGUGUGGAUCCUGGGUGGGGUAUCAAUAUCCUGGCUACCGUGGCUACCAGUACGUGUUUGAGAAGGGGGAAUACAAGGAGUGCGCGGAGUUCGGCGCCCAGCUUCCCCAAAUCCAGUCCGUUCGGCGCAUCCGGGACCUGCAGUGGCAUCAGAGAGGGGCUUUUCACACCUCCACCUGAGCAACCAAAACCUCACCUCAAAGCCCUGCCUCUUCCAUAGAUGUCCUUCUCCUGCUCACCUCGCCCCCAUCUCCCCUCCAAGCAGCAUGUUGAUGCACAUUGCCAUUGUGUCAAUAAUACCUGCUAAGCAAAUAAAUUAGUGUGCUUCUC